UAUAUUCUCCUUGGCCAAUCCUUGGCCGUGUUUGUUGUCGUUUGUGCUGCGAGUGCGAUUUCUCGCAAAUUCGACGGAAUUUCGCCGAUUUUCAUCUCGAGGGGUCGAAUUCGGGCUGAAGGUGUGGUGAACGGCAGCAAAAAUGAGCACGGGUAAGGUGGUCACCCCGUCCGUCGACCUCAGCUCGUACAGGGACCAGCACUUCAAGGGCUCUCGGACCGAGCAGGAGCGGAUGCUCAAGUUGACGACCACCAUGUACGUGGGCAACCUUUCGUUCUACACGACCGAGGAACAGAUCUACGAACUCUUCAGCAAGUGCGGUGACGUUAAGAGGGUAGUCAUGGGCCUCGACAAGUACAAGAAGACGCCUUGCGGCUUUUGCUUCAUUGAGUACUACCAGCGUGCAGACGCAGAGGCGUGCAUGCGCUACAUCAAUGGCACCAGGCUGGACGACCGGAUCAUCCGGACAGACUGGGACGCCGGCUUUUCCGAGGGCAGGCAGUAUGGCAGAGGCAAAACAGGCGGACAGGUCCGAGACGAGUACCGCACUGAUUAUGACAGUGGCCGAGGAGGCUUCGGCAAAAACGCUCAGCCCAAGGCGGCCACGGCCAACAUGUUUGCCACUGCCACACCUGUUGUUUGAGAUGAAGGGAAUAACUGUGCAUUUGUGAAAAUGGAUUCAGACAUUUGAGUGUCAGUUAAAGAUCAAGAAACAAUAAAGAUUUCCAUGAUUAUUGUAUAAAA